CCCAUCAAUUCUCAAGCACGGAGUUUCGGGGCUGAUAUGAAUGGAACGAGCGCGAAAGGAGCAGUAAUGGACAGAAUCUCAGCGUUUUGGGCUAUCAUAGAGACACGGCCUUGCCCCAAAUGGAGAUGCUCAUUAGACAUCCCUGAAGACAUGGAUUCAUAUUUGACCGCAACGUGAGAGAUACUUGCAGGAGUACUGAAUACUUCGCCUUGCUGAGCAGCGGAGUUACAGACUGGUAUAGUCUAAACUCCGGGUUGAGGGCGUCCAGGUGGCUUACCCAUCGACAUCGCAAGCCACCACAUGCACUCUUCCUUCAUAUGCCGUGAUAUGAAGACGCUUGCUGAUCAUGGGUGAACUAGCGCUGCUUGAGGAUGAUUUCCGGGACUUUCACGAAGCGCAGGUCCUGGAGUCGCUGGAAAACUUCCAACGCCAGAUUCCCGUCAGAACGAGCCCCAGCUACCAUCAGCAAUUCGAGUUCGUCGAAGGUUUGAACAGUAGAACAGAGCGCAAGAAGACUAGGUCUUUUGUCACGAGGCAGCAUUACCGCAGGAAGAGGUGCGUUAAGAACGAAAAACCACAGAAGACGAACGAUAAGUCAAGUCGUUGCAGCACGACAGCCUCGUUACGUGCGUCUGGUACAUCUAGAUUAGGUUGCGAACAGGAAGUCUUGUCGGAAGAUCAAGACAGAACUCAGCUCGAAGCCCUGAUCUCGUUCAGCUCCGGGAGGCCGCCGUUGUCUCCUAAGGUGAUCACACGACUCGGCGGUGGCCGAGUCGAUCCAUUUUCCUCGUACCCAGUAUCAGCCACACGAGAUGUCCACGAGCUUGUUGAUCACUAUUACUUCGUCAUCCCUUCCCUAGUCCAUCGACACUGGCAUAGGGCGGUCCGCAAACCGAGGGCUUGUUGGGAUUUGUUCAACCUCUAUCGCAAGCAUGAAAUACCAUUUCUCGGCAUGCUACAUCACGCAGCCUUGCACCUGGCUACCUUGAGAGGCCAGCGGGAGCCUUUACGGACGAUAGAGCUACGCCAACGAGCUUUGAUGGCUGUAAAUGAGGGCCUUCAGCGUCUCAACGGGCUUUGUGAUGACUGGACUUUGCUAGGCAUUGGCCUACUCGCAAAUGCCGAGCGCGUCUGGGGAAGCCGUGAAACAGCUAGAUUGCACUGGGGCGCCGUCAAGCGACUGUUACUUGAGCGUGGAGGGUUCCGGACACUGCAGCACAAUCAGCCAAUGCAUACAAAGCUGGUGUGGAGUUUCAUAGCACUCUCAUGGCCUACCAUUGAUGGAAAUCCUGCAUAUCUUGACGAGUACUCCGACUCGGUAGCAGUUUCAUCGGGAUGGCCGACAAGUCCCUCCAAUACCGCCUUCACCCGAAGCUGUGAGGAGUUUGUCCAGUUCCUGAACCAAAGAAAAGGUCAAUCACUAAAGAACCUACCGUCAACACCAGCACAACAGAAGAUGUUCAAAGACCAUCCUCAACGUACCACUAGUUUCCGAGACGGAGGUGAAAUAAUCAAUGCUCUGACGAGAACCGAGACAGGGUAUGACGAACCCGAUAAAAGACGAGCUGUUGACAAUUGUCGCAUGGCAUGCUUGAUUUACCUGAACUUGAUCAUGGCCGACAAUGGAGACUUUUCGACUGCCACAGAAGAAUUUCUGGGCUCUCUCCAGCAGAUUCUCGAGGACGAUGAUGACGACAGCAGUCUCAGCGCGGAACAUCUCCUGUGGACGCUGUUGUCUAUCUCCACUACAGAAGAUCACUACCAAAGGGUCUGGAAGAUGUCAAGACUUGUGGGUGUGGUCAAGAGGUCCAGCUCUCAAAUGUGGACAACAAUCGAGAAUGCUUUGCGCACGUUCUUGCGCUUGCCUGAUUGUGUCGCCGAACUUCAGGCCGUGUUGCGUGGUUGGAACUCUGAGCGUUUCUUGAUCGAGGCUACCACCCCGAUUGACACGAGUGAACAAUGGAUUGGACAGCCGGGACAAGCCAGCCUCGCUGCAGGGAUGAACACGACUCUGUGCUCGACGCACUGUCAGAUAUGUCCUCUGAAGCCCCCGACAUACUGA